AUGCACGGCGAUGACCUCAGGCUUGUGGCGCGGGUGGUGGUUUGCCAACAUGUCGCGCUUGCGAAGAAGUUUUUCCUCCGCCACCCUUGGCUACAUGAGCUGGUGGACGCGGACGUGACGAGGCACAUGGUGGUGCUGAAGGCCAACCCAGAGAUCCACAUGCGCUUCGUGAAGGCGCAGAGGAGCGAGGCCAUGGCCAAGAACGAAGAUAUCCAGACCGACCUUGAAGCUGAGGAUGGGAACCUCCGGGUCUCUGACCGCCGUCGGCUCCUUGGACAGGGACGUGCCUUUCAACGGCGUGCUGCCCAGUGGUCGGUUCUUUUUCUUCGACGGCAUCUUGUGGAGGUGGAGCUCCAAGAUGGCAGGCUCGUCGCGUCGACGGUGGAGAUCCAUGAGGCGCUGGCGAACCAUUUUGGUGGGGUCUUCUGCCCCACCGUUGCUGCUGAGAGGAAGGCUACGGCUGCGGCGUUGGAUGGCGAUGAGGUGACACCAGGCGGCUUGACGCGAGCAAGCUCCAGUCCCUCAGCAGGCGGCCCAGCAGCGGCGAACUCAAGCAAGCCCCAGUCCCUCAACAGGGAGCAGCGCUCCCGUGAGCGCGACGCCAAGGCCGUCCUUGCGAAAUACGGCGUGAACGGGGUGGAGUGGGGUUCGCUGGCUCCUCCCUCGCUCUUGAAUGUCGAGGAGGCCCUACGAGCACGUCCUGCAGCGCCUGGUGCAGUGCUCUGGCGUGGCUGA